GUUCAGGGGAUGGAAGAGCGAAGAGGUUCUCCCUCCAAAACAAAGACUAAUUCAAGGGCUUCUGCAAUCUCCAGGAGAUCCCAGGCCCAGGAGGAGGAGGAGGAGGAGGAGGAAGAGGAGGAGGAGGAGGAGGGGGACAGCAAUUCCUCUCUGUUCCCUGAUAGUGACUCUUUCAGACCCAUAAAGCCAAUCCAGGCCUUUGUGCGGGUCAAGCCCACGGCUCAUUUUGCCCAAGACAUGAUCAAGUUUGGGACAGACGACAAGAGCAUCAGCAUCCACAUCGAAAAAGAUGCCAGGGGAGGGAUUGUGAACAACUCCUCCACUGACUGGUCCUUCAGGAUGGAUGGGCUCCUCCACAACACCUCCCAGGACAAGGUUUAUGAGGCUGUGGCCAGGGACUUGGUGGCUGCAGCUUUACGUGGCUACAAUGGCACCAUCAUGUGUUAUGGGCAAACUGGGGCUGGUAAAACUUACACCAUGACUGGAGCAACUGAGUACGAGCACCGAGGGAUCAUCCCCAGAGCUAUCCAGCAGGUCUUCCAAGCAGCUGAAGAAUCCCCUGGCCUCUCCAUCACUGUCCUAAUUUCCUACCUGGAAGUCUACAACGAGGCCCUGUUUGACCUCCUGGGCCCGGGGCUGGGCCGUGGUUCCAGGAACACCCCCCUGGCUGUCCUGGAUUCCCCUCAGGGGGUUUGUGUCAGGGGUCUGUCCAUCCAUCCUGUCAGCCACGAGAAGGAGGCCCUAAAUCUCCUUUCUGAGGGUGGGACCAACAGAGCAAUAGCAGAGCACACCCUGAAUAAGAAUUCCUCCAGAUCCCACUGCAUCUUUACUAUUUAUAUUGAGUGUCAUUCCAGAGUUUACAGGAAUCUCAAAGGCAUUAAAUCUAAAAUCACCUUGAUAGACCUGGCGGGUUCGGAGAGACUGAGUGAGAUCCCGUCUGCAGGACACAUCCGGAAAGAGAACUCCUACAUCAACAGGUCCCUGACAUUCCUUGAGCAAAUCAUCCUGGCCCUGGCUGAUCCCUGGAGGGACCACAUUCCCUUCCGGCAGAGCAAACUCACUCACGUCCUCAAGGACUCCCUGGGGGGAAACUGCAACACUGUCCUGGUGACCAACAUCUGUGGGGAAGCUGCUCAUGUGGAAGAGACGCUGUCUUCCCUGCGCUUUGCCACCAGGAUGAGGUGGAUCAUGGCAGAGCCAGUUGCCAACGUGACGUUCGAGCGGGAGGUGUCAGUGAAGGCUCUGGAGGAGGAGAUUGAUCUCCUGAAGCGCGAACUGACCAUGAAGGACAUGUUUAAAAAUCGUUCUGUCGUGACUUACAGCCCCCUGACUGGUGCCCAGAGAGCAGCAAUUAAAUCCCAAGUCCACAAAUACCUCAGAGGAGCCAUCGAGGAGAUCGAUAUAGUGAACAUCAGGCAAAUCCAGGAGGUGUUUAAACAGUUCAAAGCGAUUAUAAGUCAACAGGAGAAAGACAUAGAGGCCAAGUUACGGAGCAAAUACCUGCUGGGAGACAGGGGGGAGUCCAAGGCUGACGUUGGGUCUGAGGUUGGUGAGGAGGUGGAAGAUGAGGAGAAAGAGGACAAGGAGAAGAAGAAGGAUAAGGCAGGUGUGGCUGAUUUGGAUGCUGGUUUGGUGCAGGAAGUGGAAAAGCUGCAGAAAGAGGCUUUGGAGACUGGAACUUCCUCUUCCUCACCCGUUCCUGGGGAGAAGAAGGAAGACAAGAAGAGUGAGGAGCAGAUCAACUUCCCCCCAUCCAAGGCAGAGGCGUUUGAGCUGUUUAAGCAGGAGGCUGGACGUGAGAUCAGCAGGAUCUUCAAGGAGAACAAGAGCAUCCUCCUCGCCAGGAAGAGGAGCAGCAAUUCCCUGGCCCGGAGGAUCAACGACAUCAAGCGGGAGAUGGAGGGAGUCAGGGAGACUCUGGAGGGGAAGAAGCGGAAGCGGUGGCAGGAGGGAGAAUACACCGAUGAGGAGGGCCAGGUCAUCAUCGAUGAGAAGGAGUUUUCCCUCAUCCUGAAGCUGAAGGAGCUGAAGGAAGAGCACAGGGCUGGUUAUGCUGAGCUGCAGGACCUCAAGGCAGAGAUCCAGCACUGCCAACAGCUGGUGGAUAAGUGCCGGAAAAGGCUCAUCUCAGAGUUUGAGAUCUGGUACAACGAGUCCUUCCGUAUCCCUGAGGAUGUGCUGGAAGCUCUGAGGCCCGGUGGGAGCAUCAGGCCUGGAAUGAUUCCCAUGAACAGGGUCAUGUGCCUGCAAACCUUUGACAGGACCAUGUUGGCCCUGCAGAAAAUGCGCAGGAAACGCGGGAUCGUCGGGGCUGCCGGGAAGAACAAACCCCCCUCCUUUCUGCGCAUCCUGUAG